GAGAUUGAAUAGUUUCGACAUAGCCACGUAGAAAGCCCACCCAUUCCUUCCAAUACAAAGCUCUCGAGUUUCUAAUACGCCAACUAUUCCUCCUCCAUCUCUCUCCCUGUAUAACAAGAGUUCCGAGAAUCGAAUCCGUGAUCCAACAACUAAGUGAAAAGACAAAUUAAUUUAGCGUAAGAUCAAAGCCCACACAUACAAAAUAUGAGUGGCCUGGGUCCGGCUGCCUGUUGGCUAGCACACAAGCGAAUCGAAUCGUGGUCCCGCAUGGCCAAGGAGCGCGUUGGUGCCGUUCGCCGUGUUACACUUGACCGCAACUCGGCUGAAGAUAGCGCUGGCAGUGGUAGUGGCAGUGGCAGUGGCGGCAGCAAUGGUUGCACCCAAGUGCUGCCAGGAAGCGAGGGUGCGGCAUCCACGACGCCGCCGCCUCUGCAGCCGAUGACGCCGCCGCCCUCGGCAUCAUCGGUGACCUCGACGACGAGCGGCAUUGGCAGUGUGUCCGCUGGUAGUGGCAGCGAUAGUUGUGAUUUGCCGACGGAUUCAGAGGAAGUCAAUAUUUCUAAGGAGUCACACACAAUUCAACCUGCCACACAGCUUCAUGGCAUCCCGUGUGUACCGACCAAUCCGAUUCCAUCAGACAUUUUGCGUGGUCCUGCUGAGAUAUUUCACAGCCCAUUGCACUUGCACCAUCAGAGCCGUUCCUUUCCACCGCGGCUACAGCGAACACCCUCUAUUUCCAGUCAGAGCAGUAUGGAUAGCGCUCCCUCCCGGCAGUCGGGACAUCGCGGCUCUUCACCCCAAAUAAGGACGUUUGGACCCGACGGACGAAGUUCUCUUCCGAGUGAUUCAGCGUUUCCCCACCAUCUGCCCCGUUCGCCCAGUCCCAUGCGGACCAUUUCGCUGGAUGCUCGUUGCAGCAGCCCGGCUUCAGCUGAUGUAAGUGUCAUGCGGACCCCCAGCCCUUCCCAGAGCAGCCUAGCCUCUUUAUCUGGUGGGUUCGGUGUUGGAACUGCGCCGAAUAUGGCUAUGACUAGUGGUGUUGGAUCUGUUGUUAGUAAGGGCAUGAACAUGAACGUGAAUACUGGUCGCUGUCUCUCCCCACUGCUAAUACCUCCGCGUCCUCAGCCCGGCAUCGACCCAACUGUGGGUCCUGCUUCGCCACUGGGUGCCCUACAACCGGACCUAUACCGAAUGCCCGAUGGACCGAUCUACCUGACGGCCCCCGAAACUAGCCAUGCCGUGGGCCGUUUGCACUUGCGGGUAAAAUAUGAUUACCACCUAUUCGACUUAACGGUUCACUUAAUUGAAGCGCACAAUUUGAGUUCCAUUGAGGAUGGCGGCUUCAGGGACCCUUACGUGCGUUUGAUGCUUCAACCUGAUGUAGAUAAUCGCAAGCGUCAAACACAUAUACACCGCGGCGAGUCGAACCCAUACUUCGAUCAGCACUUCAAGUUUCCGGUUUCCCGUGAUCAGCUGCAAGGCAAAGAGCUUGUCCUGCAGGUUCUCGAUUAUGACAGAUACUCGCACAACGACAUUAUUGGCGAAGUUCGCAUUUCGGUGGGUGGCCUAGAUCUAUCAAAGUCCGUCGAGAUCUGGGGGGACUUGCUACGCACCAAGAAGCCCAAAGAAGAUCGACCAGAAUUGCUCUGUUCCUUGAACUUUCUUCCACAGGCAGAACGUCUGACCAUUGUAAUAAUGAAAGCCAGAAAUUUGGAUACUAUUCAGGAGCCGUACGUCAAGAUAUAUCUGAUACAAAACGGAAAGCGCAUAAAGAAGAAAAAGACAAGCAUUUCAAAAUCCGAUGAUCUAAGCAAUCCCAUUUGGAACGAGGCAUUCACAUUCAAUCUACAAUCAAAUUACUUACAGAGUUCCGCCAUUGAGAUCUAUGUAGUCGGUGCGGGUAGCGAAGCGACUGAAAUCGGCUGCUUUGGGCUUGGCCCCCAGGAAAGUGGAACUGGUUGUCAACACUGGCACGACAUGAUUAAUAAUGCACGCAAGCCCACAGCCAUGUGGCACUACAUCCGUUAAGGAUUGCUUU